GUAAACGCAGUCUUUCCAGAUUUCGGCCUUGGAAUUGGAACGUUCGAAGAACUCCCAUUCAGACAUGGCUUUGGAAGAAGAAUCUGAGAUCUAGAUGCAGCAGUACAAUCUGAACCAGUGUUGCAAAAGCUGCCUGCUUGUUUAUCAAAUUCGAUAGCGGAAACCGAGCUGCCAUUGCCAGUACCUGCUGCUAGCCUACUUCUAGAGCUACCCUGCCUGAGUGCCUGAGUGCUCGCCCUCGCCUGGUCAAACUUGGCAAGCAGGGGAAGACGCGUGCGUGCGUGCGCCCAGUCUGGUCGCAUCCCAUUCGAGCCAAACCCGCUGCCUUCGCCCCGGCGUGCCAGCGACGUGCGCGUGCGUCGGUCGGUCCCCAUCCAUAGCUUGUGCCUGCGCGCACGGCGGCGGCGGGGGUGGCGAUGGCGGUGGAAAUGGAGGACGCGGCGGUGCCGGCGCUGGCGGUGGUGGACGCGCGGUUCUGCGCGGCGGACGCGGCGUCGCUGGCCGUGGCCAAGGCGCUGAGCAUGUCCGGGAGCGACUUCGCCGUCACGGACGCGGCCACGGGCGCGCUAGUGCUGCGCGUCGACGGCGUGCUCUUCAGCCUCCGCCGCCGCUGCGUCCUCGUCGACGCCGACCGCCGCCCCGUCCUCACCGUCCAAGAAUCGGCGCUGAUGCUGAACACGCGGUGGAAGGUGUUCCGGGGCGACAGCACCAGCCGGCGGGACCUGCUGUUCACCGUGGUGAAGCCGUCCGUGAUCCAGCUGCGGGGGCCCACCAAGGUCAGCGUCUUCCUCGCCAGCAACGACGCCGAGCAGGCCUGCGACUUCAGGAUCACCGGCAGCUACCACGACGGCGCCUGCGCCGUCUCCCUCGGCGACUCCGACACCGUCAUCGCCAAGAUCGACCGGCGGUUCAGCGUGGUGAGCGCGCUGCUGGGGAAGAACACGUACAGCGUCACCGUCAACCCGGGCAUCGACUACGCGUUCAUCGUCGCGCUCGUCGUCAUCCUCGACGAGAUGCAUUUCCAGAGAUGACAUGACGCACGCUUCAGUUUCAGUCCCAAGCCCCCCUUGAGGCUUCAGUUUCGCUGCUCCUUUUGUGUUGUGCUGAUGGGUCUGUGCAAUUUUGAUCCCAGUAUUAGUGUCCUGCUGCUCCAUUUUGGGAUUUUUUGUGAGCUGUGUGAUUGGUUCAUGUCUUUGCCCUUCUGAAGGUUGUGAUGGAUUGUCACAAUGAUGAGUCAAAAAGUUAAGAUUGAAAUUCACGUUGGGAUAAUGGUUAAAUCGCACCUGACACAACAGUGAUUUUGUUC